AUGGUUCGUGUCACGGAAGAGCUGGCUCUGUCCGCCGAGCACCUCACCCUCUACCACGCUGCCGACCCCCUCCUCGGCCACCUGCCCGUCCUCAUCUUCCACGGCCACUCCACCACCGCAAACUACACUCUCAACAGCUCCCGCGUCCAGAUCCACGUCUACAGCCCCGCCGGCUUCCAAUCCUUCCCGCGCCUGACCAUCCAGCCCAACUCCCCCUUCUACGCCGUCGUCAACCACCUCCCCCGAGAAUGGCAGGGCGACGAGAUCUACCGAGGCCUCGCCUUCGGUCUGUACAAAUACUUCCAGGAGCUGCCCGAGGUCGUCAAGAAUCACCUCAAAAACACAUACCCGACCACGAGGGGGCGCCGGCCAGGGAGUGGGCCCGCCCUGUUUGGAGAGCAACAUGCCGCCGACCUGGCCAAGAACAUGAUCAAGAGCGAGAACACGGUCGAGGUGCUCGAGACCCUGCAGACGGCCCUCCAGACCCAGCACCUUAGCAAUGUCGACAUCGAUUUUGUCCUGCCGCCCGGUUCCAUAGUGCCGCUACAACCGGAGGACUUGGAGGAGGUGCCCGAGGACGAGGACGACAUUCUUGACCCAACGCUGCGACAGUAUGGAGGGUAUUCGUCGCUGGUGAAGCUUCUUGGAGAGUCUGUCUUCUUGCCGACAUCGAGGUUACGGAGAGCGCCGUCAAAGCCGACUUCGCUGAAUCGCAGCAAGUCGUUCUCCAAGGACCAAAAGGUGGAGCUGAGGAUGAAGCUUGGAGAGCUGGUGGACACCGAGGAGAGAUACGUCCUGAAGCUGAACGAGUUGGUCAAGCACAUUGCCGACGAGUUCAGACAGUCAGCGAGACAACGCGACGCAAGCAGCCUGAGCCCAUCCGAAGAUGAGCUCGAGAAAUUAUUUCCCGUAUCAGCAGAUAAGAUUCUGCAGGUCAACUCCGCGUUCAUGCAGGAGCUGCGCAAGAUCAUGGACGACACUGAGGACGAGGCGCUGAAGGACAUGGAGACGACCACAGUUGCGCUUACGGGAUCCAGACUGGGAUCACCUUCAAAAGCAAAGGACCCCAGCGGCGCAUUGGCGAUUGCGAGAAUAUUUCUCGAGUGGUUCCCCAAGUUUACAGAUUGCUACCAGGACUACAUCCGGGCAAGUCAGCAUUUCCCCACUCUGCUCAACUCAUUCCUCGAUGAGCAGUCGAGCUUCCGACAACGGGUCAUCCAGAAGGGCGAGCAAACGGUCCGCUCCAUACUCAUCGAGCCUGUGCAGCGUCUCCCUCGAUACAGCUUGCUCAUUGACCAGAUCGUCCAGUGUCUCCCAAUGACACAUCCUGCGCUCCAGCCGAUGCUCAAGGCGCGAGACAUCAUCACGAAUAUUUGCUCAAUGGACGACCCUGUACCCGAAAAACCACACGUAACGGGUCGCCUACGAAACCUGGUUGAGAGUUGGCCUUUGGAUCUUGAGCCGGUGGGAAGAUUGGUGCUUGCGGCAGACUUUGUUGAGCUCCCCGCACCCUACCGGCUACUUGACCCACCCCAAAUGUCGGAGCGUGCUGGCAUCUUUCUCCUGUUUUCAGAUUGUCUUGUCAUCUUGAAGAAGCUGGGCCCGAAGCCGAUGUGUGGACGAGACCUCCUUCGUGAGAUUGACAAACCGUCGGCCGCGGGACUCUUAAUGUCCAUGACCAAUGCUGCAGGUGGUCAGGCAUCAUACGAACUCGCCUUCACCGGCUGGCACAGCCUUUCCGACGUACGCUUCAGCGAAUCCGCAGAUGGCACGCUCAUUUGGAUGACCUCGACACAAGAAAUGAAGGGAGCGCAUGCUGGAGAAUGGGUUACUGGCACCGCUGUAACGUCACGGUGCUUCUUGCUCGAGGAAAGCUUCGAGGCGAAGGGAUCGAAAUGGACAGAGGAUAUCGUCAAAGCGCGAGUCGAAGGUCGAUUUUCGGAAAAGGAGCGCGAGGACCCAAGCUGGUCUCUUCGAUCUUUUAGGCUGCCAGACAAUAAUCUCGGAGUUUUCGCCGCCGUUUUCCAAGAGGGCGCAGAUCAGUUGAUCGAAGGACGCAGAGAGCCGGCGCCGAUCCGCAUCGUCAUCGACCACGAGAAGGGUACCAAAGGAGCACCCAUUGGCCAUUACGGUGUGGAAAUUACGGUCAACGUUAGAAGCGGUGACCUGAAGAAGGUGAACAUGCAGACUGCUGGCUUGAACGGCAGACAAUUUGCCGACGAUGUGGCGUUGGACGACUUUUUGCCAACGCUCACACGACGGGUCAUACAACUACUCAGCUUGCAGUUCAACGCAUCGAAUCUCCGCUUGGCGCCUGCCCUGGUCUCAUACUACACUAAAAUCCUCAAGGGACUGCCUCUAAUGACCAGAGCGGAGAAGACCAGAUCUUUCCUUGCCUCGUCACCUGUCAAGGGAUUAUUCUCAAGCAUCUGGGGCGGCUCUACGAAUACCGAGGCACACAGCCCACCCAAGCACAACCGCACACCCGUUACGAAUCUUUUCCCGCCGCCGCCCGUCUCUCGUGCAAAUAGCGAUCAAGGGUCCGUGUUUGGCUCAGCCAGGGGCAAGGAUGGCAUCAAGAUGGCAGGCGACGAUCGUCCUGAAAACCCGUUAGUGCGGCUAGAGCAGACAUUUACGGGAUAUGUUGCCAGCCUGCAAAAUCGCAAGGGUAGCAUCGUCGGACGCAUGUUGCUGAAUCGAUCCGUCGCGGAUGAGCUUUCUGUCAACGAUCUCUACAACCGUCUGAUUGAAAGCCCCUUCGACCUCGACGCCUCAUCAGAGCUGGGAGCGGACGUCAUAUUUGUGGCCUUUGAGAAGUUCAUUCGCAUCGCUUGGUGCGAGCAAAUGGGCCCCAUCAUGACGAAGCAGGCUCUGGAUACGUUGCUGGAGCGCAUGAACCGACAGGUGCCUGGCAACUUUGCUGACUUUGUCAAUUUCAUGUUCAAGGAUAUGGCACCCCAGAACCAGCGAGCUUUCACGGCUCUCAUCAAGCUCCUUGCCGAUUUGCUCGACGGUUGCGGUAACGACGGCGACCGGGGCAUUUUGACCGUUUCUUUUGCAGAGCUUUUGGUUCAUGAUGGCACGGCGCAAAACUACAUCAACCUUCUGGAUCGCCUGGUGGAGGAUUGCGACAGGAUCUUUGAUGAACCCGGCGGUAUCCAUCUCACCGUUCAGCAAGCCUUCGAGUCUAUGAACUCUCGAAGCGGAAAGUCGCAUACAGGCUCACUCACCUCAAACACAUCUUCGAUCCGCCGCAAAUUUGGCUUCGACACCCUUCUGCGACAAAACAGCAAGAACGACUCAGAGCGGCCAUCCGUAUGGCGAACCCUUAGCAAACAUGGCCGUCACCCUGCGUCUGCCGAUGCAGCCUCAAGUUCUAGUCUGUCCAAGAUGACGUCUGCGCGCGCAAGGUCCAUCGACUCUGGCACUGGCACGCAGCCUGGUCCCAAUAAACUUCGGCGGCCCGGCUCUCGCGAUAGACCGCCAAUAGCUGGCGCAUUCGAUGAAGACCCUCGACCACCCAGCUCCCAGCGACUCGAUAUGCGCUUAGAAACGAUUGGCGAGCCGGAAGUUGAGACGCCUCCCACCAAGUCAUCCAAGAAGAAGCGCCGCAGCUCGCUCUCUGAUCUCAGGAGUUUGAUGGAAGCAGCAACGAUUGUUGACCCACAAGAGAAAAUAGAGGAGGCGUUGAUGCCGCUACGCAUCAACAAGCAGACUUCAGAGAAGUUCAACUCAACACCAAGGAUACCGUCGCCCUCAAGGAUACCAAUAAGCCCAACGUCCUCGAGUCUCCGGUCUCCUCGCAUGAUCUCGCCACGUUUGAAGGAAAACGCCGCGUCACCAGAUCCACUCCAGAUCCUCCACACUCCCCGCACGCCUCACACCCCUGGAGUUCUCGACCGCGAGAACACGCCAAGCCGCACGCCUAAGGGGCACGGAAGAGGCCUUUCAACGUCGAAUAUUCCCACACUUAGGCCUGCCCGUCCGACAACAGGCAGCCACUCGAGCGAUGCCAUCCCGCGACCAUCCACCAGUCCCGGGAAGCCACCAGGAACCGGGAAGCUUCGCCUUCAGUCACCACAAAAGCUACGGGAGCGGUUGCAGACGGAGAAGAAGGCCGUUGAAGAUGUCGAUGCGUCGCUCAAGUCGGAGCUCUCCAAGAUUGCCGAGGAAAUGUCACGGGUCAACUCGGGUCUCGGCGGGCGCACCGAUACGUUGGACUUGCGCAAGUUGACGGACUCGGUAAAGACCCUCGAAGAGCGGAUCCCGAACAUGAUGACUGAGCUCACCGAGCGGCAAACAUCCAUACAACGCGAUAUGGAGAGCACGCUCAAGGCGUCGGAGACCAAAGUCAAGAGUAUCGACCAGCUCUACAGGGAGGCGACGGCAGAGAACGAGCUCAUGUACGAAAAGUUCAACAGUGAGCUCGGCAAGAUUGUCAAGGCGCUGAAGGGCAAGGGCCGCGAGGACAAGGAGGAUCUCCUCCGGAGCCUGCGUGAGCACAGCGAGGAGACGGCGCGGGUCAAGAAGGAAAACGCGCGGCUGAAGCGGGAGAUUGUCAGCCUUCGGACUCUGAUGAAGGGGGCCGACGCCUAG